AUGCAAGCAAAGCAAUAUUAUCGAUCUUUUUAUGAGUCAUUUAUGCAAUAUGAUGCUACUAAUUUCUGGAAUUCAGUAUUCAUUGUGAGUUUUGUUGAGUCUAAAAGUAGAAAUAUAUCUGUUUUAGGCAAUAAGACAAGAUUCCGAACAAUAUAUUGUCGAUAAUAAUCUUUCAUUCAAAGUUGCCAGAGAUGAGCUGAAUGCAAAUAAGAAUCGCUAUUUGGAUGUAGCGCCUUGUAUGUUUCAAAAUUGAAAACAAGUUAUGAAAUUUAAUUUUCAGUUGAUCAAUGCCGAGUGAGACUAACACCAACUGAAAAGAACACAACAGGAUAUGUAAAUGCAUCUCCAGUUGUAAUAGCUGAAGCUAAGCGAAACUAUAUUCUUUGCCAAGGUCCAAUUGAAACAACAUGUGGUGAUUUCUGGCAAAUGAUUUGGGAGAACAAUGUUCCACUUAUAGUUAUGUUGAAUAGAUUGAUCGAGAAUAAUAGCUGGAAAUGUCAUGAUUAUUAUCCAAUGAAAGGAAAAGAUUAUGAAACAUUCGAAAAUUGGCAUGUAAAACUUAUUGAAGAAAUCGACAAAGGAGCUUUUGUUCAUCGCAAAAUCGAACUUACUAAUUUAUCCACUCAAACAACUAGAAUAAUUCAACAUGUUCAAUAUAUCGAAUGGCCAGACUUUGGAGUUCCUCCAUCAACUGAAUGUUUUCUCGAAAUGAUGAAUUAUUGCAUUGGUAAUUACUUCAAAGUUUUAUUCGAAAAGUUGUAGUCAAUUUUCAGAUUUAAAUAAUAUGCCACAUAGUACUGAAGAGCCACCAGUUGUUGUUCAUUGUUCAGCUGGAAUUGGGCGAUCUGGAAGUUUUGUAUUUAUUGAUUCAAUUCUUAGAAUGUGUGAACUUGAACAUAAAAUGGAAGGUCGAAUUGAAGAACAUGUUCUUCGAAUGAGAAGAUCGAGAUAUGGACUUAUCCAAACUCCUGCUCAACUUCGUUUUGCUUGGUUAGCAAUUAUCGAUGCACUUGGAAAUAAGUUUGGUUUAUCUCCAACAAACCUCGAAGAAAUAAAAACUGCAGAAGAAGAAGAACAAUCAGCUGAAUCAUCUACUUGUCAGAAAAAGUGAGUUUUCAAAUUUGUGCAUUGUCUCUUUUUUUGCUUCUCAACCUAUCCAUUCACUGUUUUGAGAACAGAAGCCAACGACAAGAAUUCAAAAAAGAAGAGCAAAUCAUUGAGCAAAAAAUUAUCGCAAACAAUCAAAAAAGUCUCAGUCAAAAAGACGAAAAUAGAGAAAAAAGGUAUCUAAAUGUAUUCUUUUUCGCUUCAAAUCAACAUGUUUUCAGAAUAAUUUUGUCUAACAAUUAUGUUGUUUGCAUGCAUUUUUGUUGUUCUAACAUAUCAUUUUUACCAAAGCACUUUUCAGUUACUUUCCCAAGAUAUAAAGUUUUAGUAACUAUAUGUUUUUAACUUCUCAUAAUUUUAUAAAUAACCAAAUAUUCAGACGCGAACUGAUUGAAAAAAUGGUGGAAAAAAGUCGUUUGGCUGAAAAAUCUCAACAAAACGGAGGUAAUUUGUGGAAAAUUUCGAUAUCUGUUGGAACAAUUGCAAUUGUCGCUGGCGGUUUAGCCUAUUUUUUCUCAUAUCCACGCAAUUCUUUGUAA